GGUAUAGCUAAGCUACUGGAAAGAGGAGAUAAGGCCACUAAGCAGACAAAAACCAUGGGCACAGUUGGAUACAUGGCUCCAGAGUAUGGUUCUGCAGGAAUUAUAUCCAGCAUGGGAGAUGUAUACAGUUUUGGGAUUCUACUAAUGGAAGUAUUCACGAGAAGGAAGCCCACAGAUGAAAUGUUCCAUGGAGACUUCACCAUGAAGAAAUGGGUGUCUGAUUCAAUGCCUGAUGCAAUAAUGGAGAUUGUUGACUCCAAUUUAGUGACAGGAGAAGAAGGUGCAGGGCAAGAAAUAGAAGAGUGCUUCUUGAUGGUGAUGGGAUUAGCUAUGGAAUGCACAUCUGAUUUUCCAGAGGAGAGGAUCAGCAUGGAAGAUGUCAUAGUAAGACUCAAGAAUGCACUGCAAAAGUUCAACCAAAAUGUCUCCAUAGGCUUAGUAAUCAACUAGUUUGUCAUCUUCUUUUGGGUUACGAGAAAAAUCCAGAGUUACUAUUCAAUGGUGUGUGCUGGAUACAUCAUACCUUGUGAUCCAAGUGGGCCAAAGAUGAUCACAAGGAGGUAAACUAGUCUGCCUUCUUUGACAUGUAGCUCAAUAAUCGGAUACUGUACAACAAAAUUAAAAGACCUGGGAUACAAAAGUAC